CGUUGCUCCUCUGGCUGCUGCUGCUGCUGCUGCGGCCAGCGGGGGCGUGAGCUGCACUGCCGACGGAGCUCUGCCUUCUUUGGAGCUCAGUACCGGACGGGAGCGGGGCGGCUCCGUGGCUGCUGCUCCCAGGACCGACGCAGAGCUUGGCUGCUGCCCGGCGGGAGCGCUGGGUACCGGCUGCCGCUGCUGCUCCCGAUCGGGCCAGGCAGGUCCGUGCCGAGCUUGGGCCUCGCCUCGGGGGCCGGGGCCAGCCCUCCUGGUAGAUUCCCGGUGGGCAGCUUAGCUCCAGGGCUCCUAAAGCGGAGCCGAGGGUCGGGAGCUGGACUGAAGAGGGCGCGUCCUUGUGGGGCUCUUGCUGCUUCCCGUCUGCCUUCCCGGAAGCGUAAACCCUCGCAGAUGAAGGUGGCAACUGCAUUUUGCCACAAGGAGGUUCAUCAGCACCUCUGGCCUGUAAUGCAGAGCAGAAGAGGAGACACCUGGUGGAGAAGAGGAAGUUCCAACCUCGUAGUCGUAGCACUGACAAUUCUUCCAGCACCAGGAGGCACGAAAAAUGAAGUUACUGGAAAACUCAAGUUUUGAAGCCAUAAACUCCCAGCUGACAGUGGAAAUGGGAGACGCACACAUCAUUGGCAGGAUUGAGAGCUACUCUUGCAAGAUGGCCGGUGACGACAAGCACCUUUUCAAGCAGUUCUGCCAGGAGGGGCAGCCCCACGUCCUUGAGGCCCUGUCCCCACCCCAGACCACAGGGAUCAGCCCAAGCAGGCUCAGCAAAAGCCAAAGCGGCGACGAGGAGGGGCCCCUCAGUGACACAUGCAGCCGCAAGACCCUCUUCUACCUGAGGGCGACGCUGAACGAGUCCUUCCGGCCCGACUAUGACUUCAGCGCUGCCAAGAGCCAUGAAUUCAGCCGGGAGCCAAGCCUCAACUGGGUGGUGAAUGCCGUGAACUGCAGCCUCUUUUCGGCGGUGCGGGAGGAUUUCAGUGCUCUGAAGCCUCACCUGUGGGAUGCUGUGGACCAGGAGAUCUGCCUCUCUGAGUGCGACAUCUACAGCUACAACCCGGACCUGGACUCGGACCCAUUCGGAGAGGAGGGCAGCCUCUGGUCCUUCAACUAUUUCUUCUACAACAAGCGACUGAAGCGGAUUGUCUUCUUCACCUGCCGCUCCAUCAGUGGCUCCACGUACCCGCAUCCUGAGGCUGGCAACGAGCUGAACAUGGACCUGAGCGAGGACGACACGGUGGAGGAGGAGGCGGCAGCAGGUGCCUGUGACAAGGACGGGGGCAGCAUUGCGGAGGACAGGAAACAAGUGAUCUGCAUGUGACUCUCCACGGAUGGCGUUCCCCCAAACCAACCCAGCGUUGUGUUGCUUGGCCUGCCUGCCCUCCCGCCCUCUGGAUGCUGCGUGAUCAGCCAGUGCCUCCAGGCUCCCGGGAUGCUGCCAGCCAGCCCGCCCCUUGCCCACCUGCACGCGCUUUUGGAUCCUGGACGCUGAGGUUUUUGCGCCCCGUGCAGCACUGGAAACUUUGUCCUGCCUUUGCCGCCGUGCCCAAGCGGGCCAGGGCCGGCCAGAAGCACUUUUCUGUUCCUAAUUCUGGUAGAGCAAAUGCUGGCCGUUUGGAGGCAGCACCUGUUGGGGGCCAGGGCUGUGCCUCCCUCCCUGGGAAUUGGUCUGUCAGUUUCAAGCUCCUGUCGGGCUCUUCCUGCCCCAGAGCCAUGCUGGCUGCUCCUGUGGCCUCGGUCCUUACACUUCUUGAUGCUGUAGCCUGCUAAAGACUGGACAGCUGGCAGAAGCUGCAUUGACUGGGGGAGGGGGGAGAUUCUCCCUCUUUUCCUUUUUUUAACCGCAAAAGACUUUGGCAUCGAGUGACCCUGGACUGGCAGAAGCCCUGCUUCUGUUUCCCAUGGCCGCCCUUGCCCCACUGCCAGGCAGCAAGUGACUUGGGGGCACCCUUUGCCACCCCUCUUUUAGAUUCACUGGCUUAUUUGCCGCCUCCUGUUUGUCUGUGUUGCCUAGCAGUUUUACUGUUGCAGCUAUAAACUUUUUUUCCCUC